GGGGACGCGCGAGCGCCGACCCGGAAACGGCGGCGGCGCCAGGCUCCCGCGCCCGCGCCCCGCGCCUGCCGCCCGCGCCGGCCUCAGGAGAAGACACUCAGGACCUAGAGCGUGAAUCACCAGUUCGAGGUUACCAAGUCGCAUUCCCUGAGUUCUCCUGGUGUGCGGAACCCCGAUGACACGCCUCAAUACUUGGAGUAGCACAGAGUGACAUUCUGGAUUUGGCACAGGUUUUGAAAUUCGAUUAAAUUUCCCCUCCUCCUAAUUCAGCUGUGAAUCCAUCAGGACCUGCGCUUUUCUUUGUUGACAGGCUCAGAGGCUGACUUUGAACUUGUGACCCUCCUGCCUCAGCCUCCUAAGUAGCUGUGAUUAGAGGCCUGCGCCACCACACCCAGCUGAGUAAACUAAUUUUAGAGAUUCAUUUUUGUCAUCUGCUUUUUAAUAAGGAUAGGAGGACAAGGACAGAAUCACCAGCACUGGCUGAAGGUUUGCUGGCAUGGGUAAUCUCAUUAAGGUGCUAACCAGGGACAUAGACCACAAUGCAGCACAUUUUUUCUUGGACUUUGAAAGUACCUUAACAUGGGGAAUCUUCUUAAAGUUUUGACAUGCACAGACCUUGAGCAGGGGCCAAAUUUUUUCCUUGAUUUUGAAAAUGCCCAGCCUACAGAGUCUGAGAAGGAAAUUUAUAACCAGGUGAAUGUAGUAUUGAAAGAUGCAGAAGGCAUCUUAGAAGACUUGCAGUCAUACAGAGGAGCUGGCCAUGAAAUACGAGAGGCAAUCCAACAUCCAGCAGAUGAGAAGUUGCAAGAGAAGGCAUGGGGUGCAGUCGUUCCAUUAGUAGGCAAAUUAAAGAAAUUCUAUGAAUUUUCUCAGAGGUUAGAAGCUGCAUUGAGAGGCCUUCUGGGCGCCUUGACCAGCACCCCAUAUUCUCCCACCCAGCAUCUAGAGCGAGAGCAGGCUCUUGCUAAACAGUUUGCAGAAAUCCUUCACUUCACACUCCGCUUUGAUGAACUCAAGAUGACAAAUCCUGCCAUACAGAAUGAUUUCAGCUACUACAGACGAACGUUGAGUCGAAUGAGAAUUAAUAAUGUUCCAGCAGAAGGGGAAAAUGAAGUGAAUAAUGAAUUGGCAAAUCGAAUGUCUUUAUUUUAUGCUGAAGCAACCCCAAUGCUGAAAACGUUAAGUGAUGCUACGACCAAGUUUGUAUCAGAGAAUAAAAACUUACCAAUAGAAAAUACCACCGACUGUUUAAGUACCAUGGCUAGUGUAUGCAGAGUCAUGCUGGAAACACCGGAAUACAGAAGCAGGUUUACCAAUGAAGAGACAGUAUCAUUCUGCCUGAGGGUAAUGGUGGGUGUCAUAAUACUUUAUGAUCACGUACAUCCUGUGGGAGCAUUUGCCAAAACAUCCAAAAUUGAUAUGAAAGGUUGUAUCAAAGUUCUUAAGGACCAGCCUCCUAAUAGUGUGGAAGGUCUGCUAAAUGCUCUCAGGUACACAACAAAACAUUUGAAUGAUGAGACUACCUCCAAGCAAAUAAAAUCCAUGCUGCAAUAACAGUUCUGGAGUAAGCACCUGCUGUAGACAGAAGACAGUAUUCUGCAAUGACUGAGAAUGCACAGUUUUUUAGUGAUUGCAAUUACUAUCUCAUUUACUCUUGCUUUUAUUUCUUUCCUCUGUUCCUCUUCCCUCUUUUUUAAUCAUGUUCUUGACUUCUUUUCUGUGCCAAAAUCAGUACAGUUACACUCUGAAGGGAGGUUGGCCCUUCGCACAGGCCAUCUAAGGCAGCUAAUUAUGCAUUGCAUUGGGAUCUCUACUGAGAAAAAUUCCGUGACUUGAACUAAAUAUUUUUAAAUGUGGAUUUUUUUUGAAAACUAAUAUUUAAUAUUGCUUCUCCUGCAUGGCGAAACUGCCUAUUCUGCUAUUUAAAACCCUCAGUGACUUUAUUUUCUACUGCCGCUUUUUUCAUGUGCCACCAAAAUGAAACGUUUAAAUUAACUGUGUUGUACAAAUGGUACCCAACACAAACUUUUUUUAAAUUAGUAAGACUUUUGUUUAAAGUUUUAAGUUUGCAUUUUGACCUUUUUUGUAAGGAUGUAUGUUGUGUGUUUAACCUUUAUUAACUAACGUUAAAAACUGUGAUGUGUGCGUAGAAUAUUACGUAUGCAUGUUCAUGUUUAAAGAAUGGCUGUUGAUAAAAUAAAAAUCAGCUUUCAUUUUUCUAAGUGUGGCUUGUUUACUAUGUUUUGUUUUUAGGCUUCUGAAGUUUACUCUGUGUAUAUUUUUGUGGAAUGCAUAAACACAUUACAAAAUUUCUCCUUUUUUCAGAGAAUAGGUAGCAGUGUCUUUUCCAUGGUAUUUUUCUCCUAUUGUCUGUGUAAAUAAUUUUAAUUGCAUUUAAUACUUUGCUGUAUAUAAUAAGACCAGGGAUUUUGACCUGACUUCUGUUCUUGGUUUACUGUUGUACAGACACAGUGGUAGAAAGGAAACCAACUUGCUUGAUUCUCAGUUUCAGGAGUAAAAGGGCACCAGUGUAAAGCAAGGUGGUGUGGCAGGAAGAGCAGCCCUUAGAACUGAUAGGCCUAUGAGCACGCGGGCCCUUCCAAGAAGAAAACAGAAGGCCGUGAAAUCACUAGUGGGAAAAACUACUGUGUUUGUACUUUGAGGUCAUAAAGCCUAAAAUCAUGGCAUCUGAACCUCAUGGUGGGAGAAGCUGCUUGAAGGCUGGCUGAUGCAGCCACACCAGUGGCUCAGUGACCAGCACAUCCGAGGUGUGAUACACUUGAGCUGGCAGCCGUGGAAGAGCACCCCAGAGCCUGCCCUCCGCGUUCUGCAUUCCUGUGCCAGGCCACGGCACAUAGCCCGUCCUGAUCAGAUCCUGCUGCCUUCUCCCUGCUCUCCUGCUUCACAGCCUGCUCACCAGCCAAGCUCAGUGGCCUGCUGUGCACAGCCUGCCUCGCUCAUGUGGUGUUGCUUCCAUACUGAUCUCACUGGAACCUGAAUCUGACUUCCUCUUCCUCCUUCAUGUCGAUCUGAUGAGCCCCAACUCUCAUCUGUCAAGGAUCGGUUUAUGUUACCUCUUUCCUACAGUUUUCUGGAUAACGUUGGCCGUGUCUUUGUAUACAUCUAAGAGAACCAUAAUGAGUUGAAUAAUCCCCUUUCCCAAGAACCUUGUAUCUGGAACCUGAACGUAUGACCUUAUUUGUCAAUGAAACUCAGGAGCUGGAGGGGACACCAUCCAGGAUGCAGGUGGACCGUAGAUCUAAUGACAGUUCCUUAGGAAAGAAAAGGGGGACAUACAGAGCAGGAGCCAUGGGGGAUGGCAGGAGAGGCAAGCACUGUGCCUAGAAGCCAAGCAGGCUUAAGAAUUGCUGGAGCCACAGAUGUUAGGGAAGGGUCCUGAACUCUCUGGCAGACCACUCCUAGGGAACCAAUCUGAUUGAUGCUUUGGUUUCUCACUUUUGUCCUCUAGGAGGUGAAAAAGUGAAUUUCUAUUGCAAGCCACCCGGUUUGUAGUAAUUUGUUAUAGCAGCCCUAGGAAUUUCAAGUAUCUCUUACAACAUUUCUGCUAUUUGAAUGCACUUUUGGCUGUCUUUUCUGAUCCUACAGGAAGACGGUGUUAAAGCUUUACAAAAGAGCCAUGUCUCGGUGGUCCUUCCGUGUCCCAAGGAAGGAUCCUGCACAGAGCCCAAAUCUGAAUAGGUGCCAAAUGAAUGGUUGAAGCAAGUGCUAUAAAAACAGUAAUUCACUACGGCCUAUUCAGGGGACAGGUCAUGUUCUGCAUGUUGAAGAAUAAGUAAAAAAAGUCAGCUCUAGCCCAGGGGUCAGCAUACUGGUCAGUGGGCUAGCCCAUCCACUGUCUGUUUUUGUAUAUCCUGUGAGCUAAAAAUGGUUUCAAAAAGGUUAAAAAAAAAUAAUGAUUUUUUAGAAGGUUGAAUAAGUAUUUUGUAGCAUGAGAAAAGUAUAUGAAAUUCAGAUUUCAGUGUUCAUAAAUAAAAUUUUAUUGGAACUUA